CAGAACUCCCUGGCCUGAAGUACUCGUACUGCGAGGAUGGAUGCAGAGUUACGAUGUAACCGAUUGACAUGUCGCAAGACUCUCAUUGAUAAGGCAGUGGUGACAACAUGCUCGCAUAUAUUCUGCGGUAAGAUCUGAAGAAGGCGGAACGACUGAACGCAAAGGGGUCACUGACUGGAAAUGACUCUUGUGGUUCCAUUAGUUGACUGUGCGAACGAAUUGUUCAAUGCCUCACGGUUAUGUCCUGCUUGUGAAACAACACUGACCGAGCCAGACGAUGUGGUUGUGUGCUCAUUACAUCCAACUAAUGACUACAAAACGUCUGUUCUUUCGGGCCUCAGCCCGUCCUUAAUCAUGGAAAUUUGCAGCCAGGCUCUAUCAUUCUGGCAGUAUCAGGUACACCAAGAGAAUUCAUUCCAGCAAGCGGUCAUCCGCAACCUCAAUGACAAACAAGCACAAUUGCAGAAGCAGCUAGACAAUGUCAUUAGAGAAGCUAAUGGGGAAAUCAAUCUUCUGAGCAACAAGGUCGCAGAGUUGGAACGAGACAUGGAACUGGAACGGCGAAAGGUUCAUGAACUACAAGAUUCUUCCAGAGAACGCGAGAAGGAGUAUCAAAAACUCAAGGCCCAAUACGACAAAGCCAAGCGGAAGUCGUUACUUGCUCCGAGCGCAGCCCCGCAUGGGCAGGGUGUCGGCGGCGGGAAUAUGUUUGAUCGACCUCCUCAAGAUGACCAUAAUAAAGGUACAGCUGGUGUGGAUAUUGGCCCGGUGAUCAGUAGAAUGGACGCGAAUGGGAUACAAAGAACUCCAUUGGUUAAUCGCACCAUGGCUGGCCCUUUCGGGCCUCAUCAAAGCGCCGCUUGGCCACAGCCUGCUCGCCCUCAGCAGCGCACCAACGUGCAGCGACGACCUUUUGCUGUCAGCAACAACGAUCAUUCAUAUAGAACAAACAGUAUGUCGGACCGUUCCGAUAGUGCCAACGAAGUUGAAAACAUGCUCCUCCCACACUUCAAUCGUUCAAAAGUUCCUCCGCCAUCCGGUGGUUCGGGUGGGUCCGGUUGGGGCGGGCCAAGUCCAAAUGCUAGACCUCGUCUUACCCAGCAGCAUCAGUUCAGUAGCAAUCAGGCCGUCAAACAUGGAUUCAGACCUGCAAGGUAAAUCUCAACACAGUAACAGUCUAUUCCGAUUGCGGCAGUAGUGUAGUCCCAGAAACAAAUAAUACAUGUAUCAUAUAGACGAGUC